AAAAUCCAACUACUAAAGUUCAAAUCCAAGCUUUUUGUUUCGAUCUCCUUCGUUUUUUUUUCAAAGAUCUGGUAAAUGAUCCAAAAGUCGAGCGGGUCGGGUCGUCGGUUUCUUACGAACCCGGCAAUAUAUCCUUGCGGUUCCAUUUCUCCUUUAACUCUUCUAAACUCUCUUAUCGAUCUCGGUGGAGACAUUUGUAAUUACAAAUCCAAGUUUUUCUCCGUCAACAAGAGAAAUGCUCGCGAAACGUUUCGUCAAAUCUCGAACCUUCUUCUUUUCCUCCAGGAGAUCCGAGAUACUGAGUCGGAUCUACCUGACCCGAUCAUCCUCAGCUUGUCGGAGCUCCAUCUCUCUCUCCAGAAAAUUAUGUACCUUCUGGAAGACUGCACUCGCGACGGGACUCGAGCGUGGAUGCUAAUGAAUUCAGAUCGAUUUGCGGAGCAAUUCCGGAUCGUGAUCCGGGGGCUGGCAACGGGUCUGGAUGUUUUCCCGCUUUCAACAAUUGAAUUAUCGAAUGAAGCCAAGGAUUUGGUUGAGUUAAUCGUAAGGCAAGCUAGGAAAGCAGCAUUCGAGCCCGACCCGGAAGAUAAAGAGGCUAUGAAAGAUCUCAUGCGGAUCCUGAACCAUUUCGAGGAAGGAAACGCACCCGACCCGAAUGAAAUCAGACGGAUCUUGGACCAUCUCGGGAUUCAUAAAUGGAGCAGUUGUAACAAGGAGGUGAAAUUCUUGUACUCAGAAAUCGGUACCGAGUUUUGCAACGGAGAAAAGAGAACAGAAUUAGAGCUUCUGAGUAGCUUAAUGGGAUUCAUGAGCUAUUGCAGAUGCGUAAUACUUGACACCAUUGACUUCGAAGGUCAACAUCGCAAUGGCCAAUAUAACAAGAGCAGCAGCAGCGAAGGUUUUAAAGGAAUCAACGUCGAUGAUCUGAAGUGUCCGAUCUCGUUAGAAGUGAUGUCCGAUCCGGUGACUUUAUCGUCGGGGCACACUUACGAUCGUUGUUCGAUUUUAAAAUGGUUCAGGUCGGGGAAUGCCACCUGUCCCAAGACCGGCGAGAAGCUUAUCACUACGGAAUUGGUUCCCAAUCUUGUCUUAAAGGGGAUGAUCCAACAAUAUUGCGCUGAAAACGGCCUCCCAGUCGUCGUUUCCAGGGGAAAGAAUUGGGAUAUUUCGAGGACAGCCAUGGCAGGGAGUUUAGCUGAAGAAGGAGCUGUAAAGAUAUUGGCUGGUUUUCUCAUUAACAAAAUUGUUAAUGGAAGUAAUGAAGAGAUGAACAAGGCGGCAUUCGAGAUUCGGGUUCUUACGAAAAGAAGCAUUUUUAACAGGUCUUGUUUGAUUGAAUCCGGCACGGUUCCGCUUUUAUUGAAGCUGUUGUUGUCUGAAGAUUCCAACAUCCAAGAAAACUCCAUUGCUGCCCUCUUGAAUCUUUCAAAACAUUCAAAAGGCAAAGGUGAUAUAGUGGAGAAUGAAGGGUUGGAUUUGAUUGUCCAUGUUUUAAGAAAGGGACUCAAGAUUGAAGCUCAACAACACGCGGCUGCUACAUUAUAUUAUCUUGCUUCGGUUGAGGAGAACAGGGCCUUGAUCGGUGAAAAUCCUGAGGCUAUUCCAGGAUUAGUGGAUUUGGUUAAGAAUGAAAACCAUUGUUGCAAAAGGAAUGCUUUGGUUGUGAUUUCCAGGCUCCUAGUGCAUCCAGGGAACCAUUGGAGGGUUCUUGCCUCUGGGGUUGUUCCUUUGUUGCUGAAUCUUUUGAGAGAUUCAGAAAGGGAGGAUCUUUUUACGGAGUCUCUAGCAGUUUUAGCUACUUUAGCAGAGAAAAUCGAUGGCACGGUUGCGAUUUUACGUCGAGGAGGCUUGAAGUUGUUAGUGGAGAUUCUAAAUACCUCCACUUCUAAGACCGCCAAGGAGCAUUGUGUUUCCAUGUUGUUGGCUCUGUGUAUAAAUGGCGGUCUCGAUGUCGUCGCUCGUUUGGUGAAGAAUCCUUCUCUUAUGAGAUCCUUGUAUUCUCAACUUAGUGAAGGUACAUCUCGAGCCAGCAAAAAGGCCGGUGCAAUCAUCAAGAUUCUGCACCAGUUUUAUGAAAACAACAGCCCCUCAACUUCAGCGACUCCAGUUCUUCCACAGGAACGAUUCGUUCACGUGUGGUAAUUCCUGAUCCAACCUUUUAUCUGUUUAUCGGGUUUUUAUUUGUUCAUACAUGUAAUCUUUCCAUGUAAAUACACGCAAGUGUAGACACUGCUUGCUUGCUUUAUUAGCUCGGUUUUUUUUGAAGAGCUAAUAUCCGCUCAGCUUCUACCUUUUUCAACGAAGCUGAUUGAAAAAACAAAAGUAUUUUAGCAUUGUUGAUAAUAAAGGUCGCAAGGCCGUAA